UGUUCGAACGUUUCAUUAUGGCCGCUGUAGACUCCGCUUUCAGGUAAUAUAGCGUUUAUUUGCCUUAUAUUAUGAGCUAAAAUAUGGCUUAUUGUGCCUUUUAGUCCUUCGUUGGAUAAUCUGUCGUAUCUUUUCAUGCUUUUCAGCGACGAAGUCUCGAAAUUAAUGGGAAAGGGCAAGCGACACCUCGUUUGUAACGAAGUUGUCCAAGCUGUCAAAUGCUUCGAAGAAGCUACACAGAAACUGUAAGCUUUUGCCUGUUUUAAUAUCGUGUUUGAUGUUAUCUGCUGUAUUUUAUGUGAUUCACGUUGUUAUUGAUGGAAGGCUAGGCUAAAUCAAAUCUUCAUAUUUUCAAAAAUUUUAUCUAUCAUGACCUAUCAUGGCAUGAACUUUACUCGGUGCAUCUCACUUUCAGUUUACAGCUUGCAUUUGUAUUUAAUCUUAAGCUUACCUUAUAUUUAAGGCGACGCUUGUAUCGAUGUUAUGUUUCUUUUCAUUCAUACGAAGGAGUCCGGAAAGCUUCCUUUUCCCAUUGGCAAGUUAACACAGAAAAGUAGAUGCACGUGUACAUUUUAUGCAUGUGCAUUUGUCACAAAUACAUUCAUUAUUAUGGCUUUCCUAAAAUAUAAUGGUGCUUUUAUAUCUAUCUGCAGAGCAACGUACUUUUAGAGGGAGUGUUGUAAUAGAUGACUUUGGCCUAAAAAAUUGUCACCCCUUUCUUUAUGAAUCAAGCCAUUUAUUAGAUAUUAAAAUCUUAAUCUUAGGAAAAUAUUUGUAUGGUUUGGUUAAAACCGUGACACAAGUAUUUGAAUAGCACAAACGUGACCAUUUUGACAAAAAGCUUCACUCAGGGGUUUACUGCGCUUUUCACAAACAUGCGAACUCUAAAGUUCAAAAGCCGCCUUCACAAAUGCGUUUUUCGCUGCCGUCAAUCACAAUUACGAUCACAAGCAACGAACCUUGAAACACAGAAACACACAAAACGGAUCGAAAUCCACCAAUCACAAAUCACAAACCUUGACCUUUUGAACCCGUUACAGUAAAGUUUUGUUUCCUAAGAGGUCCGUUCAGAUGAUUGACGGCAGCGAAAAACACAAUCGUCAGUUGGCUUUUGAACUUCAGAAUUCGCAUGUUUGUGAAAAGCGCAGUAAAAUCUUUCACUGAACAAAAGCGUCACCAACUGCAGGGUUUUUUAACCAAGAAUUAUUGGUGAGUUUCUGCAACACCAAGAUAUAGUAAAGAUUUUUCUGCUCUCCAUCUUUGUUCUUUGUUUGUGCAGAGAAAGUCAGUAUGGCUCAAAAGCAGAUGAAUGUGGCGAAGCUUAUCUAUUUUAUGGAAAGGCAUUAUUGGAACUUUCAAGGUAUGUCAGUGAAAUAAUAAUGAACUGUUUUUACAACAGAUUUACUUGUAGAGCAAAAAUUCGAUAUAAUGAAGGGUCAAGGUACUGGCAAAAUAUGUUCACUUUAACAAGUUUUGUUAUCAAGGUUCAUUUCCAUAUAUUUUACUAUAUUGGGGUGAAGAUUGUCAUUUAUUAUACUUUUUCAGCUGUAAGUGAAUCUCCAGGGGCAAAUGGGUUGAACCAAUCACGACUGUAAAACUUCAUGUGGACUGACCCGGGAUGGUUUAUAUACCAACUGGAAGUUUGGAUUUGAUUCUGAUCCUCGGCUGCAUGACCUCUAUCCUUCUUGUACUUGAGCUUUUCCACUUUGUAUUCCAGUUCUUUAUGGAGAACUGAUACCGUCAUCUUUUCUAAAUUAAUUAAGCCCCCCUCCUUUUCAAAUAAGCCUUCGUCUCUAUUAAGCCCCCCACAAAUGGGCUUGAAAUAAAUAAGCCCCCCCCUCCCGGGGGGGGGCUUGAUAGAGGAUGUACAGUAAUCAAGGUAUCGUGCAAUUUUAGUCAAAAGACUGCUGCCCUCAAUGCCUCAGAAAACUGUUGAAGAUCACUUGGUGUCUCUGACAUGGAGGUCCUCUUUAUAGGCUAUGACCAGCAGCCAAGCAUCAACACUCUGCUUAAAAAAGCCCAGGUUAAUGGUGAGCUGGCUACCUUGUCAAAAUGCCCAACACACCCCGCCUCAGAAGGCCGUUUUGAGUUAGCAGGAAGGAGGAAUGCUCACAGGGUGGAAAGAAAAAACAUUACAUGGAAAACACUGUUUCUUAAAGCAUUGCUGGAAGCUUUUAUAUUAACCCUUUAAGCCCUAAGAUCAAAAUUUGAAUUCUCAUUUGCUGUCCCUAUUCAUUUCCUACAGAAGUAGUCGGGAGAAGUUGAUAAAAUAUCAAGCAAAUACAUCUUGUGUGAUCAUGUCCAUAAUUCUCAUGACCACUCUGUUUUACAAAGCACUGAUAUUACAAGGAGAAAUUUGAUGUUGAUCACUCUUAGGGCUUAAAGGGUCAAUGUUGAAACCUGAGAGACUGGCAAAUGUUAUUUUAGAAUUAAUUAUGAAAUAAAAAGUUUUAUGUCAAGUUUCUAAAGACUUGAUAUUUCUAACUUUAUUUCUAUCGUUAUCUUUAUCAUUGUCUUUCUGCAAUAGGGCUGAAAAUGGCGUGCUAGGAAAUGCAUUAAAAGACGGUAUGCUAAUUUUUAAAAAUAUAGCACCACUUUAGAAUUUAACUGACAGUUUUAGUAGAUGUAUCUGUUUGUUUUGUUUGUAUUUAUCAGAAAUGUUUCAUAUUCAAUAUUUAUUUCAUAAUUAUUAUAUGAGCUGCAUAUUGAGUGAAGUGCAAUUGCAUAUAGUUUUGUCGUGCAGGACAUUGUUUAGGCUCAGAGUUCUCAAUAGAAGGCGGCACCCGGCGAUUGAUCGCCGCUUACUUUGGGAUUUAUAGCCGCUUACUUUGUGUUUAAGUCGCUUUUCUUUGCUUUGUUUUGACACCUCUGGCUUUGCGGAAGAGCCUCCUACUUUAUCAGUGAUCACCUCCUACUUAAAAAUCUAUUGAGAACCCUGUUAGGCUUAUAAGAAAUCUGUUUAUUAUUAUUAUUUGUGUGACAAAGCGUAGGUGUGUAAUGUGAACAUGCUAAAAAUUUGCAAACUUUUACCCUUGAAUAAAUUAAUUUUUCUUUCUUCUGUACUUUUGUUGAUAUGUAAGUUUAUAAUGUUAACUUAGAACUUUACUAUUAAACUUUAUUGUUAGUUGAACCAAAAAGUGAAGAAAGUAGUGAUGAAGAGGAGGAAAAAAUGGACACAGGUUGGUACUGUGCGCUCUGAAGGUGUUACACAAGUCUGUGUUUAGGGAUGACUUUUUCGGUGAUGUUUUCUAGACCCUGCCGAAAAUAUAAUUUCCAAAAUAUGAUUACUAAGAAAUGAUAUGAGUUUCUUUUAAAUUGAUAUUUUAGAUAUGCUUUGACAAUAGAACAUGACAUUGAGGGACUUAGAUAAGAAAGUGUUUCUGCACAAUAUUUUUUUUAAAACACUGAAGAACACAAUAUUGUAAUGCAGUUUAAUGAACUUGUUAAUCUAAGGUGCAUCAAAAUUUAAUACUCUCCACUCAUGUCAUUCCACUUUAAAUAUUAAAUUUAUUUCUCUCACAUAGUAUAUUUGAGAAGUAGUAAUACAGUUAAUAUCUACGUGUUCAUUAUUUUGACAUCAUCUGUCUGCGCGAUGCGAUGCAGUCAUAUAAUUAUGCCAGCCCACAAUGGACCUGCCUUUCUCAUCACUUGACUCCAGUUAUACUCAUGCUGCUACAUCUAUAGACCUUUUAGAAUGAAGUAAAUUACAUUGUAUCUUCUUCAAUACUCUUCUAACAUGGAACUUAUCUUCAUUUUUUUUAGUCGGACCAAAGAUCCGUGAAAUGAGUCCAAGUACUAAAGACAAAAUUAGAGAAGAUGUACAGGAUGCCAUGGCAGACAAAGAGGAAGGUAACUUGCAAAAAUGGUCUAACAGAAUGAUUGACUUCAGUGUACAGAAAAUACAAUCCAAAAAUGCGAAAGAAAAAAGAUUGCCUGAACUGCUUGAAAGUCUUACCAAACUGAGAUGGUUUUUUAAAAUAGUUUCAACAUUAUAAGGUUUUUUUGUAGACAUUUUAAAGUGUAUACUUGGUAUUCUGGUCCCCAUAACUACGUUUCUCCAACUUUGAAAAAGUGUCCUGUGCUUCUUUCAAGGAGCUGGUAGUGAAGAAAAAGAAAAGGGUGACAAUGAGUCUGAAAGCAUGGAAGUGGAAGACAAGGGUGAUGAAGGAUCAAGUAAAACAGAGAAAGAAGAAACAAAAGAAGAAAGUGAGAGUAAAUCCGAGAAGACAACUUUAAAAGAAACAAAAGAAGAGAGUGAGAGUAAAUCUGAGGAGACAACUUUAAAGGAAACAAAAGAAGAGUUGAGUGAGAGUAAAUCUGAGAAGACAACUUUAAAAGAAACAAAAGAAGAGAGUGAGAGUAAAUCUGAGGAGACAACUUUAAAGGAAGCUGAGACAGCUGAUUCAACAAAAGAGGAGAAGGAAAAUAAAGCACCAAAAGAGAAGAAUGAUGGUGAUGAGGACAAGAAAGAAGAAGGUGAAGAUGAUGAAGAAGAGGGUGGGGAAGAAGGGGAGGAUGAUGAUGAAGGUGAAGAGGAGGAGGGUGAAGGAGCUAAAGGCGACACUGAAGCAGCUGACCCAGAAGGGCAAGAGGUAUUGACAUCAAUAAUCAUUAUUAUUCUUCAAGUGAAAGAUAAUUAUCAUUCAUAUUCAUUUAGGUUUGUCCAUGUAAGUAAUAGGAUUCGUGUAUACUUUCGUUUGUCUUACUAAAGUCACGUUGGUGUAAUUGACUUAUCAAACAAUCAGUUUAUAUUUUAAAUGGGCCCAUUCAUCACUGCUAUUCUUUCCUGACUCAGAGCAAGGCCUUUUAUCAAUAAGAAGGUAAAUGCCAAGCAUUUAACAAUCGGCUUAUGUCUGUGCUUGGAAGGCAGCCCUGUAAACGUGAAAGAAGCACAAUGUUAGAGUAGCAACUCUUACGUUUCUUCAAUACAAGCAAAUCCUAAUCACAACAGCAUCCAUACGUUCUCUUUUCCUAAUAAAAUGAUAUUCAGAAACAAAGUUUUCCACCUAUCCCUCCCCCCUACAUUAUCUAACCCAACAGUUUGCCCAAAGUGAGAUUUUAGUCAAUAAUUUUAUUGUGUUAGGAAGGGGUGGGUGGGUAUAGUUUCCUAGAACAUCACUGUGUUUCACACUGUCUUAUUUAUUUUCUUUAAUCAGGAAGACGGAGAUAUUCCCACCAUGCAGCUGGCCUGGGAGUCUUUAAUUAUGGCACAUCUUGUCUUUUCAAGGUUUGUAUUAAAGUUGUAGAUCAAGGUUAUAAUUAUGAUGAGAAAAUUAUUUUCUUUCUUGUUUGAAGCUCAUAGUUGAGAUUGCUGGCAUUUUUAUGUAUUUUCUAUAAAGGAAUGAAAACAAAGAAGCACAGUUGAAUUUAGCAGAAGUUCAUCUUAAGCUUGGAGAGAUCCAGUUAGAGCAAGGUAUAAGAAUUAUAAUAUAUAGAUUUAGCCAAGCUUACCGGUAAAAGCAAAUCUGUUAUUAACCCUUUAAGUCCCAAUAGUGACCAACAUCAAUUUUCUCCCAAUGAUAUCCGCACAUUGUCAAGAGAUUAGGUUAUGAGAAUUCAUAAAAUGAUCACCAAAGAAAAAUGCUUUGAUCUUAAGUCAAAUUCUCUCAACUCAUUCUUAAAGGAAAUAUAGAGAUCAGUUUGGAGAAUUUGUAUGUGGAUAUUGGGGCUUAAAGGGUUAAAUACUAACUUUUGCUUGAAAAACUUUGUAAAACAUGGCAUUUUUUAGUAAUCGAAGUAUUGUGUGACUAAAAAAUAAAGAGUCAUUUACCAAUUAUCUGCUGUCUAAGUGGACAACUAAAGAAAAGAUUCCUUGAUAGCAUAAGGUAUGUUGUGGUUUAAUUUUAUCCUUGGUUUAAAUUUUCUUUUCUUUUGUUUUUGGCUAUAGUAUUGUAUGAUAAUGAGUGUGAAACAAAAGAAAAGUAAAUUUAAACAAGGAUAAGAUUGAACCACAACAGGUACAUGUACAUGGACCUUCUUGGGUACUCUUUGGCCUAACAAAAAGUAUCUGUCAUUUGUUGAGUUGCACUCCCUGCCAGAUUAAGUUAAGGUGUUGAUUAUGUUAUAAACUUUGGGACUGGAUUUGAUGAUCCAGGUGGGUGCUUGCAGGCCCAUUCAGAUCCCAGAAUAAAUAUUAUUAGUAUCUGCUUAUAAUUGAGCUGUACUGAAUAUUUCUUGACUUGCAUUCAAGAGCAAUUUGCAGGUGCCAUAGAAGACUUUAAGAAGUGUCUUGAGCUUCAGGAGAAGCAUUUGGAAUCUGAUGACAGACUUAUUGCAGAAACGUAUCCUUGUACUUACUUAUUGUAAAAAAAUCAUUCAUUCACUGCUCACUCGAUCCAACAUCUUUCUUCACUAUACACCAAGUCUAGAUAACCUUGAGGGAGUGCCUGAAAAUAAAGCCCGAAAUUGUCCACUGGUCAGCAAAUAAAUUCUCCUUCCAGUGUGCUUCAUAAAUGCUUAUGAAUCAGAGGGAGAAUUUCACUCCCCAGCUGUAAGAAAUCCAAUACUAGCAAAUUUUAAUUAUUUAAUGUUUAGGGCCACCUUGUGACAAACUGGCAUCUUGUCCAAGGUGGAAGAAAAAUAUUCAUUGUUGCUUCAUGCUACAGAAACUGGGUUGAGCUCUACCCUAAUUACUCACUUGGCAAUGCAGAAUUAAUCGAACAGUGCCAUCCACAUUUUCAGCCUGUUUGAGACUUGCUUUUUCCUUGUGUCGCUCCUAAGAUUGCCAUGCCAGGAUGACCUUCCAACCCCUUCCUCCCUGAAAAAAAAAAUUUAUAUAUUAAUAAUAUUCAGUAUGUAGUACCUUCUGAAGUCUUAAUCAGCAAUACUCUCCAACUUCCCAAAACCUACCAAAGAAGCCCUUUCCUAUCCAAGAAACCACCCGCCCCACCCAAUAGUCUCUCCCCACUCAAGAACCCCUUCCUCAACUUGAAAACUCCCCUCAUCCAAGAACCUUCUCCCUUCCUAUGAACCCCCUUGCUUCCAAGGACACCCUCCCGACCCAAGAACCCCCUGCCCACCCAAGAACAUUCUUCCUCCCCAAGAACCCUCUUCUUACCCAGGAAGCCCCUUUUCACCCAUUGGCAAGAACCCCCUUCCUAUCCAAGAAGCCCCUCCCAAUUCAAGAACCUCCUGCCUACACUACCCCUCUCCAUACCCAAGCCCUCCCCCCACCACGAACCCUUUGCCUACCCAAGGACCCUGGUCAACACUUAUUUCCAUCCACCAAACUGACGUUGACAGAUUAAUGAUUUGUACACAAAGUAAGGGUUAGGUUAGGGUUUAGGGUUAGGGUUAGGGUUGUUGCUAUACACUGUCAGCAAAUCCUCGGUGGUGUUGGUGUAAAAGUGAUGGACUGCAGAGCCGAUGCUCCCAGAUCGAAUCCUACUCGUCCCGUCCUGAAUUUUUUUUCCCUUAAAAAUUGAAGAGACUUAGACUUUACGAACAGAAAUUUCAAGAGACGGAGAAAUUUUAUGUAAGAAAAGUGAAAUGCCUUGUGAGAGCCACUGAGAGAAAGAUUUCAGUUUGGUAGAUGGAAAUAAGUGUUGACCAAGGACCCUUUCACUGCCCAUGCUCUCCUCCCAGAGUGCCAAGAUGAGGUGAAGCAGCAAGUAAUGGUCAUUUUCUGUUCCCUAACCUUACUUAAGAAUAAUAAAUUGACUGUACUUUUGACUGUGGAGUCAUGGCCUCCCUUUACUGACCACAUUACAACUUGUGAACUUGUGUGUAUGCCUCAGCUUAACUUUUCUACUACAGAGCCUAUAACCUUGGCUUAGGUUAUAGUUUAUUACCAGAUUAUUCCAAGUCAAAAGAGUUCUACAGUAAGGCGUUAAGCAUUAUACAACUCAGAACUACAAAGAUUGAAGCUCGUCUUGCGGAAUCAGAUGCUAAAAGCAAAGGCAAAGGCAAAGCAAAUGAAAAUGAUCCAUGUGUAGUAGAUAGAAAAGAACUUGAAGAGUUACAAAACUUAUCUCCAGAGAUCAAGGCCAGGGUAAGUAGCAAAAUUAAAGAAGUUUAGUUAUAAACUUAACUUGAUCUAUGAAGUACCAUACUGUAAACUUUCGCUUAUAAGCCCUGGGCUUAGCUUACACAUCUUCACAAGGGGUUUUAGGGGAGCUUGUAAGUAGAGCUGGGCUGGGGCUUACUAUACUAGUUUUAGACGUAAGCUUCCAAACUUCAUAAAAUUAAAUUGCAUUCAUUUCUAUAUAUUAAGUUAGACAGGGGCUUAUAUACAAGGGGGAAAGGGCUUGCUUUGUAAAUCAAAAUAUGUGUCUGUGUGUAUGUAACUAUCGCUAUUUGUAAUAACUUGCUAUGUGUAGUGUAGUAAAUGGCCUCAGCUGGUGUAUGUAAGACCCCAAAUAAAAUAUUGUCUUGUCUUGUCUUUGACUGGACAACUCUCCCCAAUCUCUUAAGGAAACCCAUGCCUUGUAAAAUUUUUAAGCAGGACUUAAAAAAGUUUUUAAGAGCCAAAUAUUUUAGGCUGUAAAAUUUUCAUUUUAGCCUCUUAGUCAUUAGCCUUUGUAUUUUCAUGAUAGUUGAAUCUUUUAGAUUUUUUUUCACUAAGCCUUUUUAGUUGUUUAGCCUUUUUAGCCUUUUAACUUUUUAACUGUCAGCUUUUUAUAUUUGAUUUUGUUAGCUGUUUUAAUGUUAUUGACUGACUAAAUGCGACUCUAUCGAUUAUUUGUUGUUAUUACUAUAAUUAUUACUAAUUAUUAUUAUUAUUAUUAUUAUUAUUAUUAUCAUUGUACAAUUAAACUUGAAUCUCUCAGAGCAUUAAAAACCUUUAAUUAUUCAGUCAUAGUUAGGUCAAAAUUAUGUCAUUCAAACUGUUAAAGUUAUUAUUAUUAAUAGCAACAUUAUAUGGUGUAGCCAAUUCAAAAUAAACUUUUUGGCAGAACUGUAAGUUCCGUUUAUUUUUUCUUUUGUUAAGAUUUUAAAUUUUUUUUGUUGUAUCUGUGAUUUUUUUCCUGUGGCCAUUAUUGUUAGGAAUGAAUAAAAUUUUCGAGUAAUCUUGUUGUACUUAUUACGUUAAUAUUUAUUUAUUUAUUUAUUUUAUUAAUUUGCCACACAGAAUAAAUUACAAGUAGAAUAGAAAAGAUAAUAAACAGUUAAUUAAUAUUAAAUUUAAAAUGAGCAUACAACUCGGAAGGAGUGACUGUGGCAGAGAAAUCUCCGAGAAGCAAAGCUUAUGAGGAAUAGAGAUUUUCCCCCACAGGCAAUUUAAAUACUAAGCAGCAUUUAAAAAUAAAAAAAAAAGACCUGCAUUUUAAGUAUAUAAGUGUGCUUAGAGAAAAAUAACUUUGGUAUUUUGAUUAUCAUUUUUUUAGGUGGAUGAUGCUCAAGAGAUGAUGAACGCUGCUGCCAGUCAGCAGGUAUGUUAAUGACUGUACGGGUAGUUUGACUUGAAGUGGCAAUGUGACUCGUACAUGAGUCAUGUAUAUAUUAACCCUUUAAGCCCCAAUAUCCACAUACAAAUUCUCCAAACUGAUCUCCAUACAUUUCCUUUAAGAAUUAGUUGAGAGAAUUUGAUGGCAGAUCAAAGCAUUUUCUCUUUAGUCAUCAUGUCACAAAUUCUUAUAACCUAAUCUCUUGACAUGGUAUGAAUAUUAUUGGGAGAAAAUUGAUAUUGGUCACCAUUGGGAUUUAAUGGGUUAACAAAAUAUUAUUAUUAGGGAAGUUACAUGAUUAUUUGUACAUCCUGUUCCCUUCUGUAUUUAACCAUCUCUGUGAAUUUCAUAGUUUGAAGCAAAAACAUUGAUAAAGAGAAUAAAUUAAUCAAUGAAAGGAAUUAAUCACCAGAUUAAAGGAAGCGUACAACGUAGAAGGCACAUCACAAAUUUUAACAUUUUUCAAGAAUAUCAUUGUACCAGCUGAUGGCAACUCUAUGCUGUGCCUCCAGACUGAAAACCAUGCCUAUGCUAACCAAUUUCUCAAUUGCGAUAACAGAAAAAUUUGAGCUCCUUUUGCAGCCUUAAAACAACAACACAUUUAGAGAUGUUAACAAAGUAAAAAUUAAUAAACAUUUACAAUGCAAGAUAAGAAAAAAUUAAGUCCAGUUGAAAUUUUUUCAAUUUGCUGAAGCGCUGUAACUUUAACUCUGAAGCACUGUAACUCUUUAAUGAACUUUCAUUAAACAUCUUUGGCAGCUGGCUUUGGAUGUUUUUAGGAUGAUUUGAUUUUCUAUGAAAAAUCCUGACACCUCAGCAAGGAUAAAAAAUCUCAUGCCUUAAUGACUCAAUACAAAACGAUGACUCGUACAUAAUGCUUCACACUUUAGUUUCUUGUCUGAUUGGUAACUCGAAGUCAAUAACCUUAUCAAAUCUUCAUCGCAACUUGUUUUUCAACCUUUUGGGUCUAGGGUUUAUGUAUCAGAUGAAAACAAUGCAUCAUCUGUUUGAGAUUAUUAAUUUUGCCACAAAGUUUAAUUUGUUUGCAAAAUGCAUUGGAUUUUUCUACGUUUCUUUUUUUAUUUACUUAGGCUGAAUCAACAACAGAAGAGGGCUUUGGAUCAAGUGGGCUGGAAAAAAGUGAUCUUCCUGUCAACACAGUAAGAUUAUAAUAAUUAAAUUUUAAUAAAAUUUAGAAUACAUACGUUUUUGUGCAUUUAAAGCCUAGCCUGUGGUUAUUGGUUUUCUUGCACAAUAGUUAUGUUUCCUGUUACAAACUAAAAGGAAGUAAUUUACUUUUCUGUCAUAUGUGUUAUACCUUUAUUGCCAACUAGUUUUUCUUAUUUGCCAUGGCAAGCUCGCUGUAAUGCAAAUUAAAUUCAGUAAAUCCAAUGUAUUUACUGUAAAGCUACUUGGUGAAAGCAGGGGUGGGGGGAGGGGAGGUUUGGGGGGGGCAGGGGUUGAGAGUUAAGUUUUGUGUGGGUAUGUGGUACCUUAACCCCCCCCCCUUCCUCCCCCACCCACUACCCCUUUAAGGAAGCUUCAAACACCAACUUUAAGAAAAUUUACAUUCAAAUAUCAAAAACAUAAAUAAUGUAAAAAUAGUAAACUUAAAUCUGUAUUUAUAAAUUGACUCCUAAAAUUUACAUCAAUGAUCAUAUAUGUUGUAGUGAAUUUUUUAUUUCAGUUAAUUUUUUUCCAUUGUUUUUGGGUGCGGUAAUGUAUGCAAGAAUGCAUUUAAAACAAAGGAAAAACAAAAAUUAACUGAAAUAAAAAAAUUAGCUGCAACAGAUACAUUAUUAACAGCACUUUACCUGAAAAUGCUCAUGAAAUAAGACAGUCUUUAUAGCAGUCGUAAAGUUUGUAAGAUCAUCAUGAUGGCGGGCAGGUUCUGGCAGUGCAUUCCAUAGUUCAGGUGUGGCAAAUGAAAGUGACCAACAGCCAUAACCCUUCAACUAAGUUGAUGGUACUAUUCAUCGGGAGUUUCUUUUUGACUUGGAAGCAGAUCUCAAGCUUCUUGAUGGUCUGUAGAGUUGCAUCAUUUCUGUUAUCUAGGAAGCUGCCAACCCAUGUGCAGGGUUUCCCUGUGAACCUUACAGUGAAUUCCAUGUUACCAAGUAUUCACUGCCUUUGUUUUGCUGAUUAGAUACAGGUCAAAAAAGUAUCUACUGGUGCACCUGUGACUGAUGUGAGUCACCUUGUGAGGAGAAAGGUAAGAAAGUAGAAAUUGGUGUAUGCUGCCAUUAAUAUGUAUUAUUAUAUAUUGCAUUUUGUGGUAGUGGUGCAAAGUUAUUACUCCCAGCCAUUCCCAAAAAACAACCAAUCCAUUGCACCAGCCAUCAGAUAUAACCUCCAUGUUCAAGGAUAUUGUGUGAUGUAAAAUAAACAGCAGACUUGCCCCCAGGAAUUAUUCUUAACCUUUGAAAUUUCUUGCAAAGAUUAUUUUGUUUAGCCUGCGUUGCAGCCGGCCCACGCACUCGUCUAAACCCUUUGUAUAUACAGAAGGUUUAGAGCGUCUGCGACGCAGGCUAAUUUUGUUGAGCCAAUUAAAAACAAAUCAAGUUGAUAACAGUUGCCUACUCCAAACGUUGGAUGUUUGGCAGCAAGACAUGUCAUGUUUGCACCCAAUUAGAACAUGUUUUUCCCUCACGUGUACAUGCUUAGGCGCAAUCGAUGGCAAAUUGCCAAUUCAUUGCUAUAAUUUUAUGGUGGUUUUGUCCUAGAGGAAGCCAGAGGAAGAGAGUAGUACAACUGAGAAAGAAGAAACAGAGGCACCAGUAAAAAAGGCUCGUCAAGAUGAGGAACAAGUAGCCCAACCAACACCUGCAGUAACAGAGAAUGGACAUGCUAAAAACUGAAUUCUGUGGAUGGAAAUUUGCUCAGGCUGUGUAAAUAGACUAACAUGUUUGCUACAUUAUUAAAUAAUUAAAACAAACUGACAUUUGGUGAAACCUGGUGGAGCGCUUUCUCUUUCUGGUAUGCACCAGUUCUUGUCCAUUGCUUUCACACAAGCCCAAGGCACUGUAAAUCCUCUAUUACGUCUCCUUAUUUACUUC